UGUCUUCUUCGUAAUAUUGUGUCAACUUUUGAGUCUUUCUUAAGUUGAUCACCAAAAUCACUCAUGUUAAUCUGAGUAAUCUAAUUCAUAAUGAAGUUGUAUCCGCUAAUAAAACAUGACAAAUAUGAGUAGAUCAAGAUUGAAUGGAACAUGUGAUCUUGACUUAAUGUAUAUCAUGUGGUCUUAUUACUGAGAAGAUUAUAAAUACGAAUGAAUCCUUCAACAGAAUAUCCGGAGUUCGCCUAACUACACAUAGAUUUAUUACCAAUGUUCUUCGUUACAUUGAUUCUGAUCAUAUCUGUUCAAUCAUUUGACUGUGAAUUGACACCACGUAAGUUAUUUGAUUUUAGAUUAGUCGUUUUACUUUAUUUAUGUAAAUAAGGACAGUUAAAUACGAGGAAUCAUAAUGAGAAUAUGUAUCGGUAAUCAUAACGACUGGAUAUUUUAGGGAUAUUAUCCUGGUAAUUAACAAGUGUGUAUACUUUCCAUUUAUACACUGUGUACUUAUGAAUAGUUAUAAUAUAAUUUUGAAUAAAAAAGUCGUAAUUCACCGCAAACAAUAUUUUUUAAAGCGAAGAUGGAUAGUGCCUGGCGGUGGAAUACAAGACACGCGUUUCGUCCCACUUCGGACUCGUCAGUUGGAUAUACCUGCAUCCGAGUUGAUGUUCACUCCGGGACUCGAACCCAGUACCGUUGGUUUCAAACGUCAUCAAGUUAUCUACUUAGCUACUGACUUCUGGCAGCCACUUACUCGUGCAAUGGGGUGGAGUUUAAAUUCACUUGAUAUUAUUUACUUGAAUCUUCCUAUUGAUGUUUAGGACUGUAAUUGACCAGUCUCUUAUUGUCAUAUGUGCAUACUUUGCGUAUUGCCUCGAUAUUGCCUUAAUUCAUCAGCAUUCUAAGUAAAAGUUUAUAGUGGUCAGCAAUGGAAUCCAGGAUUUAGUGAUCAUCACAUAGUUACACCAAUAAAGUUGAAUUGAAAUUUUACACUGAUUUUACACCUCAAUAAACAGUUUCCCAUAAAUUCGCUAUUAUGCCUACAAUUCUCAUCAACAUUUCAAGACUUCUAUACACUUUGCUUACCGAUUUUCUGAUCAAUGUCAACAUAACAGAAAAAAUAAUCUGUCAUCGAAAUGAAAUUGGUGAUAACGAUUAUCUCGAUAGUAACAAAUAAUCACUACAAAACAACUUACCAAGGGCGUAAAAUGUAGUUAUAUUCACCUAGAAAUUGGUUUUUUGUAUUGUUCUUUUUGGAUGCUACUUAGGGAAUACUGAUCCAUUCAUUCUAUGAAAUCAUUUGAUCCAUGGGAAAAGUUUCUGCAAUGGGUUGGUUUCUUUCUCAGAAUGAUUUAUUAUUGAGUGACAGUUGUCAUAAUGAAAUGACGAUAUUAUCAUGAAACGCUAUAAAUGUGAUUCAUUUUCAUUGUGAAUGAUACAUUCAUGAUACAUUUGAUUAACUGUUACAGUAUGUUCUGACAAUAGUAAUCGUUAUCCCUCAUGUUAUCAAGUCAUGAUAAUUGAGUAUGGUAACUAUUACUCUUUCAUAAAAGCAUAUAUUCAAUAACAUGUCUCACUGUACUAUAACGCUGUAACUUGUUUCGAUUACAUAUAUAGCUACUGACAAAUAACAAGUGAUAGGUUAACAUAGUAUAAAGAUGUCAACGUUUAAGGGAAACUGUAAGACACAAUGGCCAGUCGCAUUUCAUACUAGUUUGGGCAAGUGACAUACUUUUCCUGUUUAAUCUAUUCUUCAUAACAAUGUUGUAGAAAUUCAAAUGCUUGCAAGGAUACACUACAGAAGAGAUGAAGAAUAUUCAUUUCGAAUAAUGGAAUUAGAGAUCCAAUUUCCCACCGAAAUGUGAAGAAUUAUGAACUCUGAGUUGAAAUAUUAUUAGUCUUUUAAGUCAUCAGCUUAACUUAUGAAUAUAAUCCUUAACUAAUGAUUGAUACGUUUCACUGCUGAAAUAUCAUUCAUGUUUUUGGAAUUUAGGUAAUAUUAGUAAGUUACUAAAACUUUUCGUCUUACAAUUUCUAUCUAACAAAUUGAACUAAAACUAUAAACCGUACAAUCAUAUUACCUACUUAGAAUGAUUUAAGAUCUGUGGACAGUAAUUUCCACUCAUACUGGUUAACAAUAAUGUUUUAUUGAAUGUAUCAUCGGACGUUUCAUAAAUUUACAUAAUCGAAGGGUGUUUAGUUAUGAAAAUAAAACCUGAAAUUGGCAUAGCAACUACAGAAUAUGUUUCAGUCUUAUUGUUGUAUACAUAUAUCUUCAGGUAAAUUAAUACUAACAAUCUAAGUAAAUGUUCCUCAUGUAUUUUGUCGAACUAAUCGAUCACAUAUGAAUACAAUCAACUUUCUUGUAUUGAAUUGUGGUUGCACCUUUUGUUGUUUAAUCGGAUGACAUUAAGAAAAUGUUUUGCUGCAAACGUUCAUUCUGUGAGACUAUAAUUUACGGACGACGUUGGGACGAAGCUAGACUAACUUUGAAAGUGUUCACCUGGUAACUAGGACCAAAUGAGGAUUAUUAGCCAGUGUGAGGAAUUCAAAUUAUGAUUUACAGUUGAUGGUUAAGGUUAGGAAUUAUAUUUAGGGUUUUCAUCACCAAAUGACAUCAGCUAUAAUGUCGAAACUCUAUUUAUCCAAAUGGAUUAGUGAAUUUCGCUCAAAAAUCCGAAACGUGUUAUCUUAUAUCUGAUUGGUUCGUCCAUAAAUUAUAGUCUGUAAAGAUGACAUUACAGUUUAUUUUCUUCGACAUUUGUAUUGAUGCAUGCAUGAUCUAAUCAGAAAUGUUCAGCAACAUCACGAAACACUUCAGAUUAUGUGAUUUCUAGAUUAUUGAUUUGUAUAAAUGAAUGCACGAUCUUUGAUUGAUGUAAUCCUUAGGUAUCUGAGUUGAAUAGUGUGAGAUGUAGUAAAGAUAAAAUCAACUACAAAUCACACUAAGUUACCAUAGUAAAUCAGUAUAGAAAUUGAAGUGGUAAUACAAUAAUGAACGAAACAAUCAUUUAAAUCUGAAUGACAAUUUAAACAAUGAAGAGAUUGUAAAAUAUUCAAAAAAUAAUAAAACCAACUGAAUGGACUUUAAAUGAAAUACUAUUCUCUUAACUUCUUAAUAAUAGCUCGAGAAUGUGAAAAACAUUGUAGGGGAAACAAUGAAUAUGCUACUCGAUACUGUGGUGGUCUGUGUUCUGGCACCACAGGAGCUCAAACAUUUUACUGUUAUCUCGCAUGCAGUCAUAACGCCUCUACGCAAGGAGAUUUCGACGAAUGUACAAAAAAGUGUGAAAAUGGUAGUGGUCUUGGUGAGGAACCGUGUAUGAGUGAUUGUGGGGCUGUCACCAACCACGAUGAAGUUUGUGGUAUCGUUUGCGGUGGAAAUAAUGGAGGCCUAUUUCCACUUUGUUUAUAUAAUUGCGAUCAACAAAAUCCAAAUGGAUAUGAAGGGGGUAAGCUGCCUUCUGUUUAUUACCAAAGUUUUCAUUAAUGGAUUUACUUUUGGCCUUAUAAGUGUCUAUCAGAAGAGUUUCUCUUAUUCCCAUUUAUAUUAAACAGUAAAUUCGUGGCCUCCUUCCUAACAUAAGAAUGUUUAAACAAAAUCGAAAGUGAUUUAUGUAAAUUAAUUGAAAUCGUGUUAAAAACUGAAUCUUAAAAUCACUACAAAUCUCAACUCCAAUCACAGCAGCACAUAUAAAUACUGAAAGACCGUUUCGUUUGUUCGCGCGAAGAUCGACGGUCGAGGGUUUGAGUCUCGUGUGCAGGAUCGUGGGUGGAUGCGCACUACUGGAGAGUUCCAUAUUAGGACGAAACGGUCAUCUAGUACUUCCAGUUUUUUUAAUUAUGGACUAGCUUAAAUAGACUCAUGAAUUCAACUAUUAAAAUUUCAUUGUUAAUUGUUUCAUGUCGACAUUACUAGAUGUCAGUGAUACAGAUUAUGCAAAUAAUUACAUAGGAUGUGCUUAAUUGGUUGUCUAUCAGUUAAGAACAUAUAUGCGAACACUAUUAAUAAAAUGUGAGAACAGGUAGAUGUCACUAUACACAGUCAGCAAUGAGUAGUAGAAAAUUGUUAAUAAGUUACUCGGUAUCUGCUUGGAAAAAGUCUAAGAAUAGCCAAUUACGAUUCUUCACAACAUUCAGUGGCUAGUGACAAUAAUAUGGACUGAAUUCAUAUAGACUCUCAAGUAGUGGUUAACGAUUUAGGUCAUGUGAACAACUACAAACUAAAUAUUCGCCAAAUAAACAUGGAGACUGUGAAGAUAUCGUUUGUACGUAGUCCUGUGAGUUUACAUGAAACUACCUCAAUGUUACGUCAUAUGUGAUCACAAAACUUUGUCUUUACUUCAACAUACAAUCGACAACUUUCGAUGCCAUUAUAUGUAAAUUCACUAGAAAUUUUUGUUCGCAUGAAAUUAGGAUCAUCCAUGUUGCCUAUUAUAUUAGUCUUCUCGUAUUUUUCUUGAUGUUGCAUAAUUUAGAAAUGAUUGCCUCUGUUUACUGGAUCAUUGUACUUCAAUGACAGUUAGCUUGAAAUACUGCAUUUUUGACUGUUAUUACUUUAUUCGCCGAGUCAACUAUUUACAAGGGAUAAAGAUCAAGUUUAGCACUUUCGAAGAACAGUUAUUUCGAUUGGGAAAUUUUAUUGCUUACUUUCUAAGUAAAUCAAUAACUAAUUGCUCGUCAUCGGAAUAAAUUGAAGUAAUUGAUCCUGCUCUUUUGAUGCGGGUUGACUGCAUGUAAUAGGUUAAACUGUUGAGGCGUUCUACAUUGGUGUGUUUUAUACGUGUUUUAACUUCUUCCAGUAUAGCUUGUUUAUCGCGUUGCUAUGUUUCUAUUCAUUUGAUAAGAGUGUGAUUAUUGAGUCUACUUCCAUAUAGAAGAUAAAUCCAGGGUAAUAAAGAUUCUAAACGUUACUCUCAAAGUUGAAUGAAGAUUGAUCGGAUGGAAUAGAACUUUCACGCUUAUUUCGGUGAAUAGUUGGUCGUCUAGAUGUAAAUAUAUCCUUCAAUAUUCGACCUACCUUCUACAUAAGAUUUAAGAUGAUUUGUUGAGAAAUACACUUAUUUCUGUGUAGCUUAAUAGUAUACAAGCCUAGUAAUGCUUAGUGCUACUGAAAAAGCACAAAAUAUGAGAUCUUAAUUCUAGCAUGCUUUUUGAUACUCGUUAUAUCAUAAUUUCUCAUCCCGUAAGCAUAGUGAUAAUUAUAUAUUGAUCGUUAUUUCUUUAAACAUGAUUUGAAAGGCUUUGACAACUGUAAGUGUAACGUUUCCUAAUACACUAUAUUUAUCAAUACCAUAUUAUUAUGUAACAUUGUUUAUUUCAUUCAAAUAUGACAAACCGAAAACUUUUAGUUCAUGAAUACCUGAAAAGUGAAAGAAAAUUAGUGCUUCUUAUUACAGAUUAUUCAAAAUUCAAUGUUUUGUAACACUAGAUUUUUAUAGAAAAUAAGCCAAGUUGUUCAGAUGUUUUUCGAAGAUAUGGCUCAACAAUUAAAUGACAGAAGAAAGGGGUUUUUGUAGAUAUUAUAGUAAUUUAAUAGUUGAGAUCAUGAGCCAAUUAAAACUAGACCACCUUGGAAAACCUGAAAGCACUGGACGGCCGUUUCGUUCUAUUGUGGGACUUCUCAGCAAUGCUCAUCCACUAGCGGGAUCCAAACCCAGGAUAUGUAUUCCAAACUGAUGUAAAGCGGUCAAGGGAACUCGCGAGGUGAGAUCAUGGAUGUGCACUGCUGAGGAGUCCCACGAUAGGACGAAACAGCCGUCCACUGCUUCCAGGUCUUCCAUGGUGGUCUAGCUUCAACCGACUCAUGAUCUUAACCAUUGAAAUUACUGCAAUCUCCACAAAAACCCAUCUGAUAUUAAUCAACAUAUGCUCACUAGUGACUGGCUUCACGAGGUAUAUCCUGGAGUUCUAGUGAGAAGUAGUGACCAGUGGAGUUCAACCAGGUCUGUUGUGAGAUAGUAACUCCCUGAAGACAAUGGUGAAUGUGUCGCUCAAUUUCUUGGAUUAGUUGAAGUUAGACAUUAACACCGUUGGAUGCCUGCUCAGUGGUCUAGUGGUUAAGUGCUCGGGCGCGAAACCAGUAGGUCCUGGGUUCGAAUCUCGCAGAGGGCGAGGUCGUGGAUGCGCACUGCUGAGGAGUCCCACAAUAGGACGAAACGGCCGUCCAAUGCUUCCAGGUUUCCCAUGGUUGUCUAGCCUCAAUUGAUUCAUGAUCUCAACUAUUAAAUUAAAUGAGAGUUUUGCAAAAUGAUUAGCACAUUCAGUGCAUAAGUUGUUCUGUGUAGACAACUUCACAGUAACUUACAUUCUGAAACUGUUCAUUCCAACGUGAAUAACGUAGACCCGUACAACAAAACUUUUGAACGUACAAAAUGAUCCAAUUUAAUUAGAGAUAUUUUUAGCCAUGUUAAUAAAUUAUCCCUCAUAUUUAUGUAUAAUAUUCCUUCAUUGAUAUUUGAUAUCUCUUGAUCUAUUACCUCUUAAAUAUGGGAUUUCUAGAGAUGAAAUAUUUUGGAGAGAUUAUUCUGAGAUGUUGAUAAUGGUUAGCUGUUUGUUUAGUCAAACUUGUAGAUAGUCUAACAGGUGUUAGAUGAGUUAUGUAUACUCCUAUCCUUAUUAUUACUGAGAUUGUUGUCGGCUUUUUAGUGUGGAAAUAUAUUUACAUUCUAGUCAGGCUAUUCACUUGUUCUUGAUGUGAGUCGUGUUGAAGUCCUGUAGAAUAAACACUGGAAGAGAAUCUGAAGUAGAUAUUCGUCUCAAGCAAAUUAACGUCCCAUUCAUAAAAAUAAAGAAUAUUCGAUCGCUAUAAAAUUUUCUCUUAUAAAUCUUCGGUUGUUGGUACUUCGUUAUAAGAGUUCAUUUAUAGAUGUAACUAGGAAAAUGUUUUCUUUUCCAGGUAAAACAAAGUGUUACGGAAUGAACGAACGGUGAAUUCCUGUAACAGAUUGCUCUUUGCUCUAUCAAGUUUCUUCAGUCGUACGCUAAAUACGAUGUUAGAAUUCAACAUUUCAUUACGUUAUUGUUUUAUUAUUUUGCUUAUUUAUUAACUGUAAUUAAAGAAUAAUAACUAACCGAAAUCAAAUAAAUUCAAAAUAUAAUUUGCAAAUCG